AACCAAACAGGCAAAGGAAAUAAAACACUCCAUAUCCAAUACCAGAGAAUCCCAAUUCUGGUUCCUAUUCUAAUUUGGUCUGCAAACCAAAUGGAUCCCAAGUUUUUAAUUAAAAAUCAUUAGUAUUUAGUGUUAACAUGAUUCAAACUUCAAGGUCGGCAGCAGAGACAUCUCUGCUCUUGCAGCUGAAAUCGGGAAACUAUUCAGCUAAAGGCUCUUUUGACCCUCCAUCUUUUUGUUGGACCCCUCCCCAAGAAGCCUUUGUGAAGAUUAACGUGGAUGGACGUUUCAGAGCCCUUAAUAAAGCUUCUUAUGGUAUUAUAGCUCGAGAUUCAACAGGUUUUUGCCAUUGGGCUUCUUGUGGUCCUCUCCUGGCUGAAUCUCCUUUGAUGGCAGAGGCUCUGGUAGCAGCAGUCAAAGUCGUGAGAAGAUCUGGUUUAUCACGGGUUUUUGUCGAAUCAGACUGUCAAAACUUGAUUUCUCACCUCAACAGUUCAGCUAAUUUCAGUCCUUCGGAUCUGGUUUUUCUGAAGGAGGAUCUUGUUAGCCUGUGUGAAGGCUUGGAGAUCAAGUUCUUGUGGUGCCGCCUUUCUGCCGAUGGUGCAGCUCAUGAGCUUGCAAAACUGGGUUUUGAUUCUGUUCUGUGGUUUGAGGGUGCUCUGCCCGAUUGGUUAUCUUCUCUGAUAUGUUCUAUCGCUUAAGACUGUUGCUUUUUUUUUAGUUUGUUUUAGUUUCGGUUUCCUUGUAGUUUCUUUCUGUUUUUCGUGGGUUUGUAGUUGGUUUUUGCCUGCGGGCUCUUAUAACACAAAGACACUUCUUAUCUUUGGAGGCCGGAUCUGUUAAAAGGUAGAAACAAGACAGAAAUGAUUAAUUACAUCUGCUAACAGUACAGAUGUCUUUGUUUCUGUUUGGCUCAUAUUAUAUAUGUUUUCUCUGGCAGAUAUUCUGAGUGAAGAAACUGAUUGGAAGGAGAAUAGUUCAUCUUUCAGAAGAUUUUUUUUCA